AUGAAGAUGUACAAGGCCGUCAUCCUCCCGACACUACUGUAUGGAGCGGAGACUUGGACGGUGUACGCAAAGCAGGCACGCCUUCUGAACCACUUCCACCUCAGUUGUCUUCGUCGCAUCCUGAGGCUGAACUGGCAGGAUCGAAUCCCCGACACUAAUGUGCUGGAACGGACGGGAAUCCUCAGCAUCCACGCCAUACUGAGGCAAAUGCAGCUGCGCUGGAGCGGCCACCUGGUGCGCAUGGACGACGAGCGACUACCCAAACGACUCUUCUACGGAGACGUCGCGACGGGUUCUCGCCGUCAAGGAGGCCAGAUUCGCCGUUACAAGGAUACCCUGAAGUCCUCCCUGAAACGCCUGCAAAUCAACCCCACCAACUGGGAGGAGCUCGCACUCGAUCGACCGACCUGGAGGAGGACAGUGAAGACAGGCGCUGCGAUCUACGAAGCCAACCGCAGCGCUGCCGCCAAAGCGAAACGUGAAGCCCGCAAAUCACAACUUCGCCCAGUACGCAACGCCGCCGCACAACCGCUUCCAACGUGUCCUCGAUGUCAACGGACAUUCCGGGCUCGAAUCGGACUUGUUGGACAUCUUCGGAUUAACUGCGCCUCUCGAACGGCACCAACCAUCGUCCCUCCGCCCGCCUCUUCCUCCUCCUCUCCGCCGCCAACUAACUCUGACAAUUCUUCUGACCCACCAUUUCCAUCACCACCACCACCAUCAUCAUCAUCAUCAUCAUCAUCAUCAGCAGCAGCAGCAUCAUCAUCCUCCUCCUCGCCCACUGCUCCUACGGCGGCUGCUCAGGCGACUGUCCCGCGCACAACAACCGACACUACCACCACCUCCCCCGACUCCAGCGAUGAGGAUCAGGACUACACCUGCCCUCACUGCAACCGUACCUUCACCUCACACAUCGGCCUGGUCGGUCACUUGCGAAUCCAUCGCACAGAGACUGGCGAACUAGUGCGUGAAGCACCAACCUACACCCACCGCACUCGCCUCCACUGCCCCCACUGUCCUCGCACCUUCAGGCAUCGCAUGGGCCUUUUCGGGCACAUGCGCAUCCACGAGAGCGACCUUGACCGCACUCCCUACACACCCACCACAUCCAACACAUCCACCGUGCACACCCCCACCCUCGCUCCAUCCGUCCGCGACACCACCACCAACACCACCGCCUCCUCUGUAGCUGACACUGACACUGCCGACUUCUCAUGCCCACACUGUCCACGCACAUUCACCUCACGCAUCGGCCUGGUCGGUCACUUGCGAAUCCAUCGCACAGAGACUUGCGAACCAGUGCCUGGAGCACCCACCUACACCCACCAAGCUCGUCUCAACUGUCCACACUGCCCUCGCACUUCAAGCAUCGCAUGGGUCUAUUCGGCCACAUGCGCAUCCACGACUACCUGCGGUAGACAACCGCCGGUCACACCACACAUUCACUCACUCCCUACGUCCUCCACCACCACCAUCACCCCACCAGAAAUCAACACUCACACACCUCAUGCACCCAACUGCCACCUCCCACGCAAGUGGGAAGUCCGCAUCUCGACUCGGUCCCCGUGCGGCUUCGGCUGCACGGGUGACUUGAGUCCGAGACUAUCCCGACACGUCAAGCGUCGUGGAUAG